AUGACAGACGCGGGCCAUUCUGAGGACCUUUACCACAAGUAUCAAAAGGCAGAGGAGCUAUAUAAAAAUGGAAAAUAUGAAGAGGCCGAGAAGCUCUUUCGAGAAACAGCCGAAGGGAGAAAGACGACACUUGGUGUUAAUAAUCCUGACACUCUAUGGAGCAAGCACCAUUUAGCAGAAUCUUUAUACCACCAAGGAAAAUAUGAAGAGGCCGAGAAUGUCUUUCGAGAAGCGGCUGAGGGGAGAAAGAUAUCGCUUGGUGUGAAUAAUCCUGAUACUCUGUGGAGUAAGCACCGUCUAGCAGAGUCUCUAUACCGUCAAGGAAAAUAUAACGAAGCCGAGAACAUUUUUCGAGAAACAGCUGAAGGGAGAAAGGACGGACUUGGUGUUGAUAAUCCCGACACUCUAUGGAGUAAGCACUACCUAGCAGAGUCUCUAUACCACCAAGGGAAAUAUGAAGAGGCAGAGACUGUUUUCCGAGAAACAGCUGAAGGGAGAAAAAUAUCACUUGGUGAAAAUAAUCCUGAUACUCUGUGGAGUAAGCACCGGCUAGCAGAGUCUCUAUACCGCCAAGAAAAAUAUAACGUGGCCGAGAUUAUUUUCCGAGAAACAGCUGAAGGGAGAAAAUUAACACUUGGUGCUGAUGAUGCUAAUACACUAUGGAGCAAGCAUUAUCUGGCAGAGUCUUUAUACCACCAAGGUAAAUACGGAGAGGCUGAGAAGGUCUUUCGAGAAACAGCCGAUGGGAGAGAGAAGACGCUUGGUGCCGACCACUCCGAUACUCUAUGGAGCAGAAUGGGGCUCGAGAAGACCCUGAAGAAGCUUCCAGGAAUACAACCAGCUACCAUAGAGCUAUUCGAUGAUAUGAAUGAGUAUAAUGAAGAGUACGUACAAUGA